AAGGAUAGGGUUUUCUCUUUGGAUCGAUCGAUGGAAAGCAAUAGAGGGGAGGCGGAGCGCUGCGUCCAGAUAGCCAGGGCAGCAAUCGAAUCUGGCGACAAGUCGCGCGCUCGUAAGUACGUCUCCAUAGCUCGGCGCCUCCGGCCGGAAGAUCUAGAUGUAAGAGAAUUGGCCUCCAAGCUGGGGCUUGGGGAGGAGGACGACAAUCGAAAGAGCUCGGGAGGAUCUAAGGGCAGCUCGCAGAGGAACGGCGAGCACGAAUCCGAGGUCAAGGACACGGCCAGCAGCACCACGGCCAGCAGCGAUCCCUCCCCGGAGCAGAUCGAGAUUGUGGUGCGCAUCAAUCGGACAGUAGACUACUACGAGAUUUUGGGGCUGGGGAAGGAGUGCUCGGAGGAGGACGUGAGAAGGGCGUACCGGAAGCUCUCGCUCAAAGUCCACCCGGACAAGAACAAGGCGGCGGGCGCCGAGGAGGCGUUUAAGUCGGUGUCUAGAGCGUUCCAGUGCUUGAGCAACGCGGAGCUCAAGGAGAGAUACGAUCGAUACGGGCCGGAGGAGGCGAGGAAUCUCGCCCAGCACCAGCACCAGCAGCAGGGGAUGCGCCGGCGCAGGAACGAUUUCUUCGACGAUCACUUCGAUCCGGACGAGAUCUUCCAGGCCUUCUUCUUUGGCGGCCAGGGUCGGAACUUCCAAAGGCAGCAUUUUGUGAGAACUCCCGCGGGGAUGGCCAGGGCCCCCGAGGGUGGACAGUCGAUCAACCUCACCGGGAUCGUCCACCUGGUACUCAUCUUUCUGGUGAUCGCUCUCACGUCCUUCCCGAUGUCGCAGCCCAGUUACUACUCCCUCGAGCGGCAAUCGCCAUAUCUUCACGAGCUAAGUACUCACAACCGAGGUGUGCCUUACUUUGUCAAGUCGCCGAGUUUUCACCAGGAACACCCGCUUGGAUCGAGGGUCCGCGAGCAAGUCGAGGCCCAGGUUGAGCGAGACUACCGCGAUGUUUUGACGCACAAUUGCCGGGUGGAGCUCAAUCUCCGGGCCUGGGGAAAGAUCAGCGAGACUCCAAACUGCAAGAAGCUGCAAGCGUUCUAAGCGAAUCUAAAGCCAGGAAAAUCAAAAGAGAAAAAAGAGGUACUUUUACUUUGUGUAUAGCAGCUUGUUAGAGCUGUAGCUACCAUUGCUACACAAUAAGAUUUCUAUUACAGCA